UAUUUUGUGCCUGUGCUUAUUGCGUGAUUAUUGUGAAUGUCAUUUGUCAACUUCUUUUAUAAAAAGUUCUUGUUUAUCAAAAGUAUUGAGCAUUUAAUCUAAAUUUGUGAUGUCAAGUUCGACUCAGAACCUGCCAGUUUCCCAGAUUCUUAAAACUAAAAGUGAGCUAGAUGACGAACCGAAAAAGAAAUCCAGAGAAGAUUGGCGGAAGGCGAAAGAAUUAGAGGAAGCCAGAAAAGCUGGAACUGCUCCCGCUGCUGUAGAUGAAGAAGGUAAAGAUAUAAAUCCCCACAUUCCUCAGUACAUAUCAAACGCGCCUUGGUAUUAUGGUACUACUGGGCCUACCUUAAAACACCAGAGGCCCCAAGAAGAGAAACAAAGGCAGUAUUCUGGAAUUGAUGAAUGGUAUAAGAGAGGUUUGGAUACAACGAAAAUUGUAACAAAGUAUCGAAAAGGUGCAUGUGAAAAUUGUGGCGCUUUGACUCAUAAAAAAAAGGAUUGCAUGGAUCGUCCUAGAAAAGUAGGUGCCAAAUAUUCUGGUACAAAUAUGUUACCUGACGAGUUUGUACAAAAAAAUUUGGCUUUAAGUUUUGAUGGAAAACGGGACAGAUGGAGUGGUUAUGAUCCUGGCGAGCACAAGUCAGUUUUGGAAGAAUUUCAAAAAGUGGAGGAAGCAAAAAGGCAAUUAAAAGCAGAAAAACUGGAUGCAAAUCAAUCAGAUGAAGGUGAAGAUCAGGAUGAAGACAAAUAUGUAGAUGAGGUGGACAUGCCUGGUACAAAAGUCGAUAGCAAACAAAGAAUUACUGUGAGAAAUUUGCGUAUAAGAGAAGAUACAGCAAAAUAUUUGAGGAACUUGGACCCAAAUUCUGCCUAUUAUGAUCCUAAAACUAGAUCGAUGAGAGAAAAUCCCAAUCCAGGGGUUGAUGAGACUUACCAAGGUGAAAAUUUUGUGCGCUUUACUGGUGAUACUAAAGGUCAUGCCAAAGCACAGUUAUUUGCUUGGGAAGCUCACGGGAAAGGUGUUGAUGUACAUUUGCUAGCAGAACCUACAAAGUUGGAACUUUUGCAAAAGGAAUAUGAAAAGAAAAAAGAACAGUUUAAAACGAAAGUGCAGUCAAGUAUUUUGGACAAAUAUGGUGGCGAAGAACACUUGGAUGCUCCUCCAAAAACAUUACUGCUGGCCCAAACUGAGGAUUAUGUAGAAUAUUCUCGAUCAGGUAAAGUAAUAAAGGGGCAAGAAAAGGAAGAAAUUCGAUCCAAAUAUGAGGAAGAUGUUUAUAUAAACAAUCACACAAGUGUUUGGGGUUCAUAUUGGAGAGGUGGUCAGUGGGGCUACAGGUGUUGCCACUCUUGUGUAAAGAAUUCAUAUUGUCUUGGUGAAGCAGGAAAAGCUUCUGGAGACACAGUUAUUGAAGAUAAAUUCAAAGAAUCGAAAGAAUUAUCUAACAUUAAUGAAGGCAAACCUAGUGAAAGCUCGAGUUCUUCUGAAGAAGAAAAUGAUGUUAGGUCAAAGACAGAAAAGAAGAAAAAGAGAAAGAACAAAAAAGAGAAGAAACGCAAAGAAAAAGAUAGAGAUAAGCUUGAUGAAGCUCUUGAAGCAGAAGAGUUGCACCAGAGAAAAGCUGACGCAUUGUUGAGGUUAGAUGAGAGAAAGAGACCAUACAAUAGCAUGUUUGAAGUAAAGAAACCUACUGACGAAGAAAUGGAAGCUUAUUAUCUCAAGAGGAAAAGAGGAGAAGAUCCUAUGAACCAAUUUAUGUAACAUAAAUAACAGGUGGAAAUAUUAUGUAUAUUAUUUAAUAUAAUUGUUUAACAUGUGAUAUAUCUUCUAUUUUUUGUGACAAUAAAUUGCUAAAAAUAUUUUCUACUGCCUUCAGUAA